AUGGCUCCUAAAAAGGAAAAGAAAUCGGACGUGUUUGAUGAAAACGCAUGGCGAACGGUAAUCGAAGAAGCUCCAUUGGACGAAGAACAUUGGAAGGUGAAAGUAGUCCUCAUCGAAUCCGCUGGCAGCGACCAGGAACGGAUGUAUCUUAACAAGUUCGAAGUAUUUGCUGCAGAGGAAAAGAGAUUUGUCAUCAAAAAUAUUUGCAAAACUGAAACAAUAUUUAUGAUUAACCAACUGGGUGCCGAGAAAAAAGUCAAAGAUGAUAACCUUCGAGUUUUCGAAGAGGCUCAGUCGUAUCUUAAAGAUAAGAAGGACAUCCCAGCAGACGUGUUAGCUCUAGUAGUUAAACAUCUAAUAUUGAAGAUGAAAGACGAAUACCUAUAUAUUAGCAAGCAAAGGCUUGAAGUAAAGCAAGGUGUGCAAAGGGAAUCUGCAACAAUGAUUGAUAAGGAAGAAGUAAAAGGCUCUGUCAGUGCACAAAAGCCAACUGAACCAGAAGUGCCUCCUCCCGCCGCUAAGGCAAAAGGCAAGGGAGAGGAACCAGUGAGUGCAGGCUCUGACCUAACGGAAGGCAAAAAAUUUAAUACCUUACUCCGAGUGAGAGGUGAAGAGUGGAGAGAUAAGGUGUACGUCGAUGACUAUCCCACCGAUGGGCCAAACCUGUAUGUCGCUGUGACUGGAUUUGUAGAACCUUACUUACCGGGGUGCCUCGUUAAAGUUGGAAUACCUUUAACAGCUGUAGUGCAAAUAAGAAUAGAUCCUAACACUACUCCUAUUCCAUCAAGUCUGUUAAAACAAACGAAGAGGGGACAAAGUCUAACUGAACUGUUGGCAGAAAAAUCAUCAAAAUUUUGGGAUGAUUUGCAAUUCUUGCGAAUAAAUAAGGACUCUGCUGAUUACUUCAAAGACACAGCUUUCAUUGUGUUUGCUCCUCCAUACUGGAACUCUGAGAACCUUUCGGGCAAUCCUGAUAAAAUAUACGAUGAAAUCUGUUUCCUGAUGUACGACAUUCAGGACUUGUCCAGGCAGCAUCUUCAUUACCAACAUAAUAUGUCUAUUAUAGAAAUACCCGAAGAAACCUACAAUGAACGUUCUGCUAAGCAUUACGACCAACAAAUACACGACUUACCUUUGGAGUGCGUAACCAUUUAUUCAGUUUUAGACAUCAUUCUUCAAAUAGUUUGCAAUAAUCAAGAAUUACAAGAGGAAACUAGUAGAUCUUCUCUGUCGACAGCUGUUACUUUGAAUGGACCACAGAAAAUAACGGAAGAACAUAAGACAGAAAAUGCGGAAACUUUAGUAAGAAAUGUCUUCAAUACGUUGUGUAAUACAGACGCUAGCAAGAAAACAUAUCGCGUUUCAUACGGUGAGGAAUACGAAGAUCAAAAGGAUCCAAUUGUGAUAAAUUAUGGGGAUAUCGCUAAAUAUAACACCUUUCAUCUAGGAAAUAUUAACUUAGAUAACAUUAUAUUUUCGGCACUGCUUGGUAUGCCUAUUCAUAACCUUUUUCGUAGUCAAAAUCGACCGACUGGUGAACUAGAAGCAAAAAUAAAUUUUCAUGUUAAUGUGUUGCUGUCAUGCUUUGAAAGAGAUGAUGUUGAAACCGCAGAACUUAGUAGAUUGAUUCAUGUAUUGGCUUGUCGCAAAUUGUAUAACAAUCGGAGUUCACUGAAGAAGCGGCACUUGCCCACGUCGACCAUAUCAGAAUUUAAGAAAAAUUAUUUGAAGCGCAGUGUAAUGGCGGAACCUUUACCCACGUGCCCUUCAUUGGCAAGCGGUCACGCCCUGUCUCCUUCAUUCCCAUCAAUGACAAAAAGUGACAACGACUAUGAAUACGCAUGUUCUAAUUCAGAUCCUGAUCCCGAAGUUCAACGAUUAAAGUUUCUUUUCGAAUGUCCAGAUAUAAGUGAAUUAGUAACGGCCGUUGAAAUUCAAAAUAACGAGCCAGUCAAACACAGUAUCACCGACGACUUCGACAGUUUUGAAGAUUUUGCCGGAAUCUGUUCUUUUCAGAUUUUACGUGAAGCUUUCAAUAAAUUUAACUGUGUCGAUUAUAAAUAUUGUGAGGUUACUGACUGUUUUAUACUAAUGUUUUAUAACAGCCACAAUAAGGAUGGAAUAGCGCGUGAAGAAUGGCGCUGUCAUUUGGCAACGCCACUUUGUCUCCAAGAUUUUUUUGAUUUUAUAUUAGAAGAACAUUAUGAUUGGAUACAAAACGAAGAAAAAAUUUAUGAUGAAAACCUUUUAACAGAAGCACGUUCAAUUUCAAAAGAUUUUAUUGAUCCUCAUGCCUUGCAAUCUUGUUUAGAAACUACUGAUGUUGAAACGGACUUAUUAAUGGAAGGUUCUCUUAAACAUCAAGAAAUGGUUCCGCCUGAGGAAUCUGCUCACGAACUGAUGGAUGACGGAAUGCCUAGAAGGUCGAUUUCGCCAACGUCUGCGGAUUCUUCUAAAAGUAGCAAAAAAACGAAAUCAGCAUCUUUACCAAAAGCACAUUCGUUUCAUGAAAAUGGGGAAUGCCAAGCAUCGGUUGAGCUGCCCGCGAAACCGUUCCUUGGUUAUGAUUUAGGAGAUAGAAGGGUUGAAGUAUUCGGUAAAGAUGCAACGUUCUUUUCUAAAGACGGCACUAAGGUUGUAAGUAUGUAUACUUUGACAAUACCUCUUAACUUAGAAUAUAUCGUAUUAAAUGUUUUACCUGGCAACAGUCAUAACGAGUUUUGGAUGCAUAAAGCCUUAGGCGAUACUGUUCAACCAGAGAUCAGAGACGCAUGUGAAUCUUUUCGUAUAACAACUAAAGAUCAGGUCAUGAUUUACAUUAAAAAACAGAUGUACCAACAACGCGUUUCAUUGUCUGUUACUGAUCCUACGACAGCGAGUGAUAAGAAAGCCGGACCCAAGUUGUUAUCCGAAAAAGUUAGCACAGUUUUGACACCGAUGUAUGAAACGAAAUAUUUUCACUCACUUUAUGUUACUUGGCCCAAUGGUAUGCUAACAGAGACAGUACACGAGGAAAAUUCUCCAACACUCUCACACAUUAAGCAAUAUCACACACGUCCAAUGCCUUAUCUUGAUGAAGAAAUGCGAUGUAUAAGCUUAAAUGGUGAAGUCAUUAUUUUCAAACCUAAUGGCGAUAUUGAAGUACUUAAACCUGAUGGAACCUUCAUUAAAAUACUGAAAUAUUAUAAAGCUGUAGUGCCGCCGCUUGUCCCUGAAGAAGUCAAAGAAGAACCACCACCAGCAGUUGAAAAAGGUAAAAAAAGUAAAGGUAAAUUGAGCAAAGCAUCUUCAAAAUCAUCCAAAGUGGCUGCGGGUGACGAAGAUAAAAUUUCGGAAGAAAAACCAAUUGAAUAUGAAAUAAUAGUCGAUGAAUUUGAAAUUAUAGAAGCGAACGGUUUGAGACAAAAGUGGAUUCAAAAUAUUCCUUUCGAUAUAGAAAGGAUUCUUAUUCGAACCGCCACGGACCACAAUAUCGGAGAGGUAUUUUCUAGACGAAUGGAUGGAACUAAUUCAUUGAUCAAUAAGGAUGGACUUCACAUUGUAACUUUUCCUGAUAAAACCAGAAUAAUUUCGACCUAUGUAAUAGAUGAAGAAGAAGUAUACCCAGAAUGGUCUGACGUAGAGAUAGAAUACUUCGAACUAUUUCAAUACUCGAUGGAAGGCAGAUCCAAAGGCUCAGUAUCUCAAAAAAGUGACACAGGUGACUAUUACGGAAGUAGUGGAACAUCUUUUUCAAAAAAAAUCGAAGAGGAAGAAAUUAAAGAAACCGAACGAACAGAUGGUUAUCUUUUAAUUCAUAUUUUAUACACUAUUGAACAUUCUCAUUUUAGUACCGUCUCAAUAAAUACUGUUACUGAUAAAAUCUCUGUGGAAUCUCCAAAUAAGUCUGUAGUGUUCAUUGAUAAACAUAACAAUUAUGAAGUUGUGUUGGAUUCUGAAACCUCAGCUACUUUUAAUGGCGAAAACUUGAAUAUCUCUUUCGAAGCUUGCUCAGAAUGUAGAGCUUUCACAACCUGCGAUGUAAAAAUUUUGACUAAAGAGAAUACUGCUAGUCUCACUAAUGUAGAACCAAUCUGGUUAAAAAUGACGGAUUCGUUCAACAGACAUGUGUACGUUGAUGAAGAAGGUAGUGUAAGCUUACCAGAGACACCGCCAGUCUCAGAGACUAAUCACACAGAUAAUGCACCCCCCUCAAAACCAAAUGAAACAGUUACAACCAAUAAUACUGAAGAGAAAGAAUUCGAUGCAAAAUCUGAGACCUCCGUCGUAUCUCAUGCAAAAUGCAGAGAGAUGUACUUAGCCAAGAACGUAAGAUUUUUCAUUUUAAAACGUGAGCUGAAUUGUGCGGAGUUACUUCACCGGGCGUUACUAGAACAAUAUAAACGCGAGUGCCGGUGGAAGCCCUGGUGUUCCAUCAACCAUUACGAUACCUUCGGCGAUCAUCGCAGCCUCGUCACCAUCCUCACUCCCGUCCAUUUAACGGAGACUGAGAAAUGGGUGAUGGAGUCAAAACAAGCAAGCAAACCCAAGUUUCUUACUUAUAAGGACUUGAAAAAAGAUACCGGGAAAGGUUUCUAUCAUUGGAUGCGACCUUAUGAAAGAUUCGUAUCUCAGCCCAUGAAACCAGAUAACAUUCUGCCGGAGAGACUGCCGAGAGCAUAUAUCUUAAGGAUAUUGGAACAAGAGUGGGACGAGCAGCAAGACGAACAGCUGAGGGGUGGCAGAGAACUGCUGAGGGCCAUACUCCGCUACCGUUGCAUCAUGGAGGCGGAUAGCGAGACCAUUCUCAACAUCCCCAUCAUCGACUCCAGGACUGAAGACGAGAGACAGAUCGAUGACAUCAUACAGGCUUUAGCGCAUAAAAUUUACGAGGAUCUGAAGGUUCGUGUGGCAGCAGACGUUCAGAAGCGUGUGAAGCCAGAAAUCACUUCGAGGCCAGCCAAACAGCCGGAAGAUCUCUCCGUUGAGGGAGAAUUCGACGAAGAUACAAUAGAUGAAACGAAAAAUAUAGAAGAGGAUAGGGAGAGUAUCCUGAAAGAAGUUGAAGAGGGCCAGCCCAUGAGUCCAGCGCUCAGGAAAUACUGGCGACGUCGUCAAGAGGAACUCAAGGAGGAACAAUUCUAUAAGUACCUUCUUCGCGAAGGCAGUGUCCCACCAUACUUCCGCAACGUGCUCGGCGGUGCUAUCUGGUGGGAGAUCAACAACGCGGCCAGCACGGCCGUCACCAUUGCUGAACGAAGGAUCAUGAAAUGCGUCUGCGCGGAUGAAGAUACUCUCUCCGUCGGUGGUAGCGUCACAGAUGGACCGUUUAUUUAGGCCAGGGAGAAUAAAUUGACUAGCGGAGGUGCCAUAAUCUCCUAAGAAAGUAGGUGUGGUGGAAAGAAGGUGUUCUAGGGACGAGGAACGUAACUGUCUUCGCCUUUAUAACACCAAAAAUCGGUGACAGAUGUCUCAAAGAACCCGAACGCCUCGUUAGUUCACUAGUAACUGAUCGUUUUGGUCAUGCCCGCCUGCGUUAUAGCAUCUCCUCUCAUCUUUCGUUACUACCUACGUGAUAUAGGCAUUAUAAAUAGUUGAAAUAUGUUUAAAUGUUAGGUUACUUGAUUUCUUGUAAGUGUCGCAGCCAUCAGGUUGAAGCUGCUCUUUGAUUGAACGACUUGCGCCUUCAUUGGAUGACUGCAUUAAGUAAGGCCACCUCAUCAAGUCGUUGAAUGUAACGUUCAAUGUCUUGAUUAAACGUCAUUCUGUGAAGUCUUUGAAUGGGAUGUGGGCGACUUUGUUGUUCGUAUUCAGCCAGUUUCGUCUCAAGUUUUAAUGAUAGGUAAGUCCAUGUUAUCACACUUUUUCAUAAAAAAAUACGCACCUUAAAGUAAACUUAAUCGAGGGCUCUCUGUGCGAGUUCUUUGACGCCAUACUUAUUGAUUUUAAUGACUACAAGCGAAGCAGUGGCAAUUUUUAACGCGCUAUAGAGGUAUAGUCAUUCAAUCAAAUAAUUCAACCAGAUGUCUGGGACAUGAGCAGUAGGCGCUGAUUUUAGUUUCUUUCUUUAUUGAUUUAAUGAAUAUUGUCCAGAUUUUAACAACGUACUAAGACGUAGGUUGCAUAGUAAGUAGGUAUGUCAAAUCAGUUUAUGGAUUGCGGACCAUAUUUUCAGUACCUAUGAGUGAUAUUUAUUUCAGUAGGGACCUACUUGAUAGCAUGUUAGAUUUGUAUUAUUUUAUGCUUUAUUUAAUAAAUUACGAAAUAAUUA